CCCUCUCGCUCUCUCGUACACGCAAACACGCCGCUUUUGUCUCUGCCUGUCCUGGCGAGCGCUCGGUCGCUUCGCCGACGCAAAACCUCCCAAGUUUGCCUUGCUUCUUGCCGCUGGUGGGGAGAAAUAGGGCAAAAAUGUUGAGGGAGAACUCAAGUUUCCUGGAAACUCUUCUCUACGACGACUUUGACUGUAAGGUUCCCAGGCAUGAGAACGAAGGAGCCAUGUAUCACUUGGCCAAUGUUAUGCUCACUCUGGGCUACAUGAGCGGCAGUGGCUUUGUGGGACUGAUAUAUAUCUUCAGUCUGUUGGCCAUCGGCUUCAUCAUCCACAGUUUGUGGGGCUGGCUGGAUGCGUGCGGGCUGGACUUCUUCAUGUGGAACCUCCUAUUCUUGCUGCUGUGUCUGGCCCAACUCGCCCACCUUGGCUACCGGCUGCGGAAAGUGACUUUCGAGGAGGACUUCAGCCAACUGUACAAAGCCAUGUUCCGGCCGCUCCAGGUGCCGCUCAGCGUCUACAAGGAGAUCGUGAGAUGCAGCGGUGUCCAGCUGGUCAACCUGGCCCGCGACCAGAACUACGCGGUGGAGGGCAAGACUGCCAUCGACCGCCUCUCGCUGCUGCUCUCGGGCAGGGUUCGUGUUUCUCAUGACCAGCAGUUUCUGCACUAUAUCUUUCCCUACCAGUUCCUCGACUCACCCGAAUGGGAAUCUCUGCGGCCUAAUGAAGAAGGCAGUUUUCAGGUGACACUGACAGCAGAAACAGACUGUUGCUACGUGACUUGGAAGAGACGGAAGUUAUACGGGCUCUUGGCCAAACACCACUACAUUGGGCGUCUAUUCACAGUCCUGCUGGGGAACGACAUUGCGGACAAACUCUACGCACUGAUUGACAAGCUGUACUGCAGGGGUGGGGUGCGUUACGACAUCCGCCUGCCUAGCCUUUAUCACGUGUUGGCACCUUCUGUUGAAUCUGAGAAGGAGAAGGCCGCAGAAAGUUCCCGUCACGACUCAUUUAAUGCGCAGGAAUCUCCCUUUAAAAAAUCGCCUCCGGAUCAAGCCGAGCUUAUUGGUGAGGAUUCAAGCAGCAUAGUUCUGGAAGACUUUGCAGAUAUGACUGGAUUAUUUAUGGAAUAUACCAGUGAGAAAGAGUACAUGAAAUAAUGAUCCAGUCAAUGUGAUAAAACCUUGUGUCUGUCUAUUCAUGUGUAUGAACAAUUCUUGGAGCAAUAUUCAUAAGAAAUGUGCUCCAUUGGCUCCGACUCAGACACCAGAACUCUGAACACCACCAAUGGGAUGAUGAAAGUGGCAUGGGAAAACAGUGAGUGAGUACAACUCAACGAACAUCUGAAGACUGGAAGAAAGGUCAUCUAUUUUCAUGCGUCUGCCUGCUUAUUUUAACGCGGCUUCACUAAUAUCCAAAAAUAAAACUACAGAUCGCACUGUUUCAGCAGCUUGCGUUUAGUGCAGCAUCUGCGGCAGUUCAGUGAGAUCACGCACUUCUAGGAUUAAAAUUAGGAUGAAAAAACGGAAUCAAAUGUUAUGGUAUCGAAGUCAUUUGAGAUAUAUCAGCCAUUAACGAGGUGGCAGAAUUCCACAAAAAAACAUUGGUAAUUUUCAUAAGUUCCGUUAAAAAUACUGGUAGCGACACCUGUGACAAUAUUAAUUUCCCUCUCAAACCAGCUGGUGGAAAUGCCUUGUAUUAGUUUCCUCAAUUUUGAUGGCGCCAAUGUAAGUAAAUACUCAGUUUAAGAGACUGUAUAGAGAAUUGCAAGUUAGACAUGACACUACAUUAUACAAAGAGCAAGUGGAAAAUGAAA